CUGUCCCACUCAAAAAAAUCAAAUUCCAUGGCUCUUAUCAAUUUCUUCUUCUCCAAACUCUUUUCAACCUCAAAUUAUAUCUUCAUAACCAGUAACCUUCCCUAUUCUCACUAAAAUAAACGCAUGGCCGGCACGUGCACUUCAAUCUCCCGUCGCGUGAUCGGAUCCGCCACCGUAAUAGAACUCUCCAGAACCGGCGCCAACCGUAACGGAACUAUUUCAUUUUCCGCCAGAAUCUCGAUGAGAACUAACGGCAUCCACCGUCAGCCGAUGGUAGCAGCAGCAGCAGUAGUAGCAGAAGGACCGUCGUGUAUAUUCGUCGGACCGCUUGAAACUGCGAGUCAAGAAACCCUAGAAGCUCUCUAUUGUCAAGCAAGAGAUGCGUAUUAUAGCGGUGAACCGUUGAUUGUUGAUGAUAUGUUUGAUAGAGUAGAGUUAAAGUUGCGGUCCUAUGGUUCGAAAUCUGUUUUAAAGUAUCCUCGUUGCAGUAUUAGACGACAUUCCACUUAUGCGGAUGCUGAGGAGGAUAUAGCACAGGCGUUUGCACUAGCUAGUAUUUGGAUGGUCUUUCUUACUAUUGGCGGUACAUUAUGUGUUGGGCCUAUUCUUUACAAUAUUAUUCUAGCUUAUCAGGAUGCAAUUACUACCAAAAUUUCCCAAGGAAGUCAAGCUUCUAUGGUGCAGUUUCUUGCUACUAUGAAUGGCGUUCUCUUCAUGGCAGUGGGAUCUCUAAUUGGCUAUCCAAUUGCGUCAUCUUCUGUUAAGGUGCUCCAAGGGCUAUGGAGAAAUGACUUGGUGGCGCUUAAGGGGCCAUGCCCAAAUUGUGGAGAGGAGGUGUUUACCUUUGUGAAAUCAAAUCAAUCCAACAACUCUCCACAUAGAGCAGAUUGUCAUGUGUGUGAAAGCUUAUUAGAAUUCCGCACGAAAGUUGAGAGAACCGGUUCCAGACUAGGUAAACAAUGGGUGUAUGGUCGGAUAUAUCUGGUAUCUCGAAGGCGGCAGAAAUGGAAGUAAGAUCUCAGCUAUUGUAUUUAAUUGCAAAGCAACUGUACACAACAUCAACAUUUUUUUUCCAGAAUUGUUGAAAUUAGCAUUCAUCACACGACAGUAAGAGCUGAUGUAAAUUGGAAUGUAGGAAGUAAAAUUCGACAAUAAGGUGUUAUGACGCGUAGCAAAUACAAGCUUAUAUUAAAGAUAAAUUCUUUUGUUCCUCUUACGAGACUUGAUCACUUUGAACAAGAGCUAUUGUGUUACUUUGGACUGAUGUAAACCAAUUCUUGAAAAAACUACGGCCACUCUGCUAUUUUUA